AUGUCUGCUCUCCGAAAGAAAUUCGGGGACGACUACCAGGUAGUGACCACCUCGUCCAGCGGCUCCGGCUUCAACAAGCAGGCACCGGCGGAGAAGAAGCGCAAGCGACAGCGCUUCGUGGACAAGAACGGCCGCUGCAACGUCCAGCACGGCAACCUGGGCGGCGAGACCAGCCGAUACCUCUCGGACCUGUUCACCACCUUGGUGGACCUGAAAUGGCGCUGGAACCUGUUCAUCUUUAUCCUCACCUACACGGUGGCCUGGCUCUUCAUGGCGUCCAUGUGGUGGUUCAUCGCCUACAUCCGCGGGGACCUCAACAAGGCGCACAACGACAAGUAUACGCCGUGCGUGGCCAACGUCUACAACUUUCCCUCGGCCUUCCUCUUCUUCAUCGAGACGGAGGCCACCAUCGGCUACGGCUAUCGCUACAUCACGGACAAGUGCCCCGAGGGCAUCAUCCUCUUCCUCUUCCAGUCCAUCUUGGGCUCCAUCGUGGACGCCUUCCUCAUCGGCUGCAUGUUCAUCAAGAUGUCCCAGCCCAAGAAGAGGGCCGAGACGCUCAUGUUCAGCGAGCACGCGGCCAUCUCCAUGCGUGACGGCAAACUCACGCUCAUGUUCCGCGUGGGAAACCUGCGGAACAGCCAUAUGGUCUCCGCGCAGAUUCGCUGCAAACUGCUCAAAUCUCGGCAGACCCCCGAAGGCGAGUUCCUUCCCCUGGACCAGUUGGAGCUGGACGUAGGCUUCAGCACAGGGGCGGACCAACUCUUUCUGGUGUCGCCGCUCACCAUCUGCCACGUGAUCGACACCAAAAGCCCCUUCUACGACCUGUCGCAGAGUUCCAUGCAAACAGAGCAGUUUGAGAUCGUGGUGAUACUGGAGGGUAUUGUGGAGACCACGGGGAUGACGUGCCAAGCUAGGACGUCUUACACCGAGGAUGAGGUUCUGUGGGGACACCGCUUCUUCCCGGUCAUCUCCUUGGAGGAAGGCUUCUUCAAGGUGGACUACUCCCAGUUCCACGCCACCUUCGAGGUGCCCACCCCGCCGUACAGCGUGAAGGAGCAGGAGGAGGCCCUGCUCCUCUCUUCGCCCCUGAUGGCGCCGUCCCUCUGCAACAGCGGGGAGAAGAACAGCUCCCUGGACUGUCUGGAGACCCUGGAGGACAAUGACAGCACCACCAAGCUGCCCACCAAGCUCCAGAAGAUCACGGGGAGGGACGGCCUCCCCAGAAAGCUGCUGAGGAUGAGCUCCACCACCUCGGAGAUGACUUACAGUUUCGGAGACCUACCCAUGAAGCUGCAGCGGAUCAGCUCCGUGCCCGGGGUGUCCGACGACAAGCAGGGCGGGAAGGGCUCCAAAAUAAGCACAGAGCCCAUCAGCAAGUCGGUGGCGGACUUACCCCCCAAGCUCCAGCGACUGGCCGGGGGAGGCAGGAUGGACGGACACCUCCCACCCAAACUCAGAAAGAUGAAUUCAGAUCGCUUUACAUAAGGAAGACACCCGUCUUUAAACUUUCCUUGUGCUAUUCCUGAUUUAUGAAUUGACAACAUACUUCUCAAGAUGUGCAAAUCUGCAAUCUGAGUGUUGUUUCUUCGUUCCAUUUUCAAACGGCAAUCUCAAAAGGGGAUCAUUAUUUUGAUAUUUUUUUUUAAAUCUAACUUUACACUAACUCCGCCCCAAAAAAGCAAAAAAAAAAAAAAAUCUUUUUUUCCACGUUUCACUUUUACGCUCAGAUUGAAAAAUACAAAAUGUACAAACGGGUCUUAGAACUGAAUUUGAUUCUAAUAUAGUGAUGCCUUCAGGUAAUGUACAUGUCACUCGACUUUAAAGUUUUUCCAGAUAUGAGACAUCAUUUAGCCAUUUUAAAAAAAAAAACUAUUUGUUUGUUUGUUUUUCGGGGAAGGCUGAAACCCAUUAAUGCCACCUCAUAUCCAGUUUAUAAACAUAUAUUCAUAGAAAACCUUGCCUUAAUCAAGUUUUUAUUAAGUACACUGUAAGUCUGAAUAUUUUUUUCAUGGGAAGAUAUACUGUCCACAGUGUGUUUCUAAGUAUUUGAAACACCACGAGCCUCGUCUUCUUUUACAAUGAUGCCCUGUGGUAUGUUGAUUGUUUGAAGUUUACUCUUAAAAAUGCGCAAUUCUAAUCACUUUUUCAGGGGACCUCUGCCAUUUGAAGAUUUUUGCUCUUACCAGCUAGA